GGCUUGUGCAGUCGUCAUUUCAUACUGGACAUUACACUGAGAUUACAACAGAAUGGCAAAGGUUUUUUAAAGACGGUUUUAAAUCGAUUAUAACUGCUUUUUUAUUGGUGACGGUUAGUGUUGGAAUGCAUCGACAUUUCACCGUCAGGAUAUUUGCUAUUGUACGGGAUUUAUUGUAAUUCUAACUCGUUUACGGAAAGGUUAAACAUACCCGUUAGAAAUGCCGAAAUUCGGGGUGGCAGCGCAGGUUGCCAUGAGCAGGCGCCCUGGUAAUACAGAGGGGACUUCUCCUACGAAGAAAGAUAACAUGCAAGCUGCACAGGUUUUGAAAGCCCAUCGCGAGGCUAACGAACCGCACGAAAGAAAGAAAGACGACGAAAAUCAUGAACGGGACGAGGGCUAUGAAGAUUCUGAAAUCGAGGAGGAAGAAGCACUAGUGGAAGUUCCUAAAUACUUACAAGGAAUACCUUUAGUAGAUCCACAUACGGAAAAACUUGGCGAGACGUAUACUGUUAUCGCAAAAAACUUGGCUGGAAUUCUUCAAGUGAACAGAUUUUCGUCAACGAAAUCAUGUUAUAUCUUCAGUCCAAGAAAUAAACUUAGAAAAUUCACGUGUUUUAUUAUAACACAUCAAAUAUUCGAACUUUUAAUUUUAAUCACAAUUUUAACAAACUGUAUCUUCUUAGCAUUAAAUAAUCCACCUUCGGAAUCAGAAAUUGUAUUUGCAAUAAUUUACACAACUGAAAUGCUCCUAAAAGUCGUCGCAAAGGGAUUUGCAUUUCAUCAAUAUGCGUACCUACGAAAUUCGUGGAAUUGGUUAGAUUUUAUUUGCGUCAUAAUUGGUUAUUUAACGUUUAUACCUGGGGUGUCAAAUUUCUCAGUAGUUCGAACAUUUCGAGUUCUGAGGGCGUUAAGAACGAUAUCGGCGGUAAAAGGGCUAAAAGCGAUGGUGAAUACAUUAAUGAAAUCAAUUAAGAUGUUAUCGGAUGUAAUGAUUUUAACUGUGUUCUUCAUCGGAGUGUUCGCGCUCAUUGGACUUCAGCUUUUUAAGGGAACGUUACGAAAUAAAUGUGUUAAAUUUAUGGAUCCUAAUGCAACCAAUGUCAGCUGGAGUGAUCACGUAGACAACAAAGAUAACUGGUUGAUCAGCCAAAUUAGCGAGUUUCCAUUCGUGUGUGGUAAUGGCACAUACAGCGGUCACUGUCCUCCGAACUACACAUGUCUAAAAGAUAUCGGAGAAAAUCCACCCAAAACAGAAAUUCCCUACAUUUCAUUUGACAACUUUCUGUGGUCGCUGCUCACGUCGUUACAGCUCGUCACACUUGAUUCUUGGGAAAUUGUUUACAACUCGGUUAUCGGCGCAAAUGGUCAAGUGUACGUUCUUUACUUUCUCUUUGUUGUGCUCCUUGGUCCGUUUUACUUGAUCAAUCUCGUGUUGGCCGUCGUCGCGUUAUCAUAUGAGAUUGAAUCAGCCGGUUUACAAGAUGAAGAAGCGAUGAAACGAAAUUACGAGAGUUUAAAACGAAGUGCGUCUGCUUAUGAUUUUGAUUGCAAAGAAAUGCCCGAGCCACUGUAUUUGGACGAUAUCCCUCAAAGACCCGAGGAAUCAAGGUAUGUACCCAAAGACGUGGACCCACGUCCUCCCAGUCGGAACACGGCAACACCAUCGUCGGACAACGCACUGGAACUUGGCGAAAAUUAUGAAAACGACGCCGCGGCUUCGGUAGGAUGCUGUUCAGCUUUCAGGGGAAAGGUAAACGUAAUAGUGGAAAACCCAAUAUUUGAAGGAUUUAUAACAGCUUGUAUUCUAUUCAACACGAUAUGCAUGGCACUGGAGCAUCAUAACAUGGACAAGACAUUUAAAACCGUUUUGGACAAUUGCAAUUUGACGUUCACAAUAGUCUUUAUCUUGGAGAUGAUUUUGAAACUGAUAGCGCUCGGGCUAAAAAAAUACGUAAAGAUAGCUUGGAAUCUGUUUGAUGGAAUCAUCGUUUUAAUGAGUAUCGUUGAUCUGACCAUGGAACAUGCCGGUGGAAGUGAUGGAGGAGGCCUCAGUGUAUUGAGAACAUUCAGAUUGCUUCGUGUUUUCAAACUGGCAAAAUCCUGGAAAACCAUGGGCAAUCUAUUGGCAACGAUCGGCAAAAGCGUUGGCGCCGUGGGCAACAUAACGGUCAUCCUCCUUAUCUUGAUGUUCAUCUUUGCCGUGGUUGGUAUGCAAUUGUUCCGAUCCUACUACACGAUUGAAAUAUUUCCUGAGGGUAUACCACGAUGGAACUUCAAAGACUUUUGGAAAUCGUUUAUGAUGGUGUUUAGAAUAAUAUGCGGUAAAUGGAUUGAACCAUGUUGGGAUGUAAUGCGGGCGGCAGGAGAACAUGCCUUCAUUUAUGUUCUGCUCGUGUUUAUUAUCGGCCAGUGGAUUGUUCUCAACCUCUUUCUUGCUCUGUUGCUCAGCUCCUUUGGUGGAGAUUCUUUGGGUGAAGACGAGGAAAACAAGGAAAAGAAAAAGAAGAAGAAAAAGAAGUUCAGCUUGCUUGCUAUAUUCAAAAGGAAAAAGAAAGGAAGAGUGACUCCUAAUACAUCCAAAGAAGAUCUUGGAUCAAACGAGGAUGAUGACCUCAAGAAGGACCAACAGAGUGAAACAGGGAUGACUAUGGUCAAUGGUGGUGAAACAGGGAAUGGCAUUCCAUAUAGAACAGGGUCUGGGGAGAGUACGCGCAGUGAAACCGGGAGUUUAGGAAAUGGAAAUACAAUCGACGGCGAUCCUUCUCAACCAUCAUUUCCGGUCAGCGUCGUUGUAGACGAGACAGUGCAAACGAAGAACAAUGGUAUUCCUUUCGAUAAGACGGAGUCCACUGAUCGUUUGAAUGUUGCUAAUGGCAACGGGGGUCAUGGCGUACCUAAUGGCAACUCACACAAAGGAUCAGCGUUGGAACUUGAUAGACGAUUGUCUGGCGUAAGCCAAUCCUCGGCAAGUCUUAGUCGACGCGAAUCCGUUCAAAGCUCGAUCGGGCCGGGUUUCCAGGCGCGCAACAGCUCAAUUCGCGGAAGUCGACGCCCGACAAUGAUGGUCCAGGGUGAAGAUGGUCUGCCUGUUGCACCAGAUUGUUACCCUGGUUUCUGUUACAACGACGGAAUCUGCUGCGUGUGCUCGUCUGGUUUCAGAACAUCCAAGAUACGAAAACUUUGGACAACAAUUCGAACAAAGAUCAACUUCUUUGUGGAGCACAAGUAUUUUGAAUCGUUCAUCCUAUUUCUGAUCGUCGUCAGCAGUCUGUCUCUGGCCUUUGAGGAUGUUUAUCUGCCAAAUCGUCCAACACUGAAAGCUAUUUUAGAGUACUCCAAUUAUUUCUUCGCUGUCAUCUUUGGUUUGGAGUUUCUUUUGAAGCUCAUUGGCUACGGCGUUGUUGGAUAUUUCACAAGUUUUUGGAAUUUACUGGAUGUCUUCAUUGUGGCUAUAUCAGUUGCGACGCUGUUUGGUAACGAGAAUCUCAACGCUCUCCGUUCUUUGCGUGCUCUUAGACCGCUUCGUGCUGUGUCAAAAUUUGAGGGAAUGAAGGUUGUUAUCAAUUCUCUUGUGUUAUCGCUACCAGCAAUAGGAAAUGUGGUGCUAGUCUGCAUGGUGUUCUGGCUGAUUUUCUCAAUUAUGGGAUACCAGUUCUUUGGCGGAAAGUUUUACAGAUGUGUUGAUGUGAGCGGGCAACAAUGGGAUGCUUCGGAUAUUCCAGACAAAACGCAUUGUUUAGAGAAUGCAACAGUGAAUGGCAAUCGAUGGAUAAACAGGAAGAUCCAUUUCAACAGCGCUUUGGACGGUUUUCUUGCUUUAUUCCAAGUUGCAACACUCGAAGGUUAUAUGGAAGUAAUAUUCGAUUCUGUCGAUGCUACUAAGAUCGAUGAACAACCCAUACAAGACAAUAACUAUGCCAUGAACAUAUUCUAUGUAAUCUUUAUCACAUUGGGAUCGUUUUUCAUCUUGAAUCUUUUCGUUGGGGUCGUCAUUGAGAAUUUCAGCAAACUCAAACAACAGUACGAAGACAGCGAUGCAAUGGGCAUGUUUCUAACACCCAACCAGAGAAUUUGGGUGAACACUGUUUGUCGCACAUAUAUGAAGAAGCCACGGAAAACACCCAAAAGACCCAAGGCGGAAUGGAGGGGAAAGAUAUACGACUUGAUUCAGAGUCGGUCCUUCGAAUUCUUCAUCAUGGCGAUAAUUAUGUUGAAUAUUACGAUGAUGGGGGAGCACCAUCACCAGUCAGAUGGAUUUACUAAAGGACUGGACUACCUCAAUUAUAUCUUCACAAUCUUGUUCAUUAUCGAAGCGAUACUGCGUUUGUUGGCAUUGAAAUUUGAGUACUUCAAGUCUGGAUGGAAUCUCUUCGAUUUUACUAUUGUCAUAUUUUCUAUCACAGAAAUCGUUCUUGCCUCGUAUGAAAUUACCAUGCCAUUUUCUCCUGGAUUGCUUCGGGUUGUGCGCGUCUUUCGCUUAGCACGACUGUUACGAUUCUUCGAGAGUGCCAAAGGUAUCCGCAGUCUUCUUUUUGCCUUGGUGAAAUCGCUGCCUGGAUUGGCAAACAUUGGCUGCCUGCUCUUUCUCUUCAUGUUCAUCUACGCCUGCAUCGGCAUGUCAUUGUGGGGUAACAUUAAGCACACGGGAUACCUUGAUGACGUUGUGAAUUUCCAUACAUUCUUCUCCAGUCUCCUUCUGUUAUUCCGCAUCGCGACUGCCGCUGGCUGGAAUACAAUUCUUGAGCCGAUGAUGAUCACGCCCCCGGACUGCGAUCCAACGCCCAGAGCUGGACUACCAAAUGGUAACUGCGGUACACCAUGGCUAGCGGUUGUCUACUUUGUCAGUUAUAUCCUCCUAAUAUUCCUCGUGACUGUAAACAUGUACAUAGCAGUAAUCUUAGAGAACUUCAACGAAGCCCAACAACAAGACGAAAUUGGCUUGUGCGAGGAAGAUAUGGACGCGUAUAUCACAACAUGGGAGACCUACGACCCAGAAGCAACACAGUUCAUUCACUACCGCGAUGUUACCCACUUCUUGGACGCACUUGAUCCGCCCUUGCGAAUCCCAAAACCGAACGAAGAAGAAGCAGCAGCGUUGAAUGUCCCAGUGAGACAAGGAGAUAUGGUCCACUGUCUUGAUUUGAUGUUGGCGUUGGUUAAACGGGUUAUAGGCGAUAUGGAGGAAUUGACCGAGGAUGAUAAACGAAAUAUGUACGAGAAGUUUGAGGAUCGUUUCCAGUCCUCGUUCCCGCAACGACAACAGACGCCUAAACUUUACACGAUCCUUCAAAGAUACAAGCAAGAGACGGCCGCAGCGAUACGCCUCCAGAGAGCCUUCCGGGAUUGGCAGAAACGAGUACAAGCGAGGAAAGAAAAAGAGAAAUUCCACAAGUAUUCGAGCGAAGAAAAACCGGAAAAAGAUGACGUCUGGGAGGAAAAACAGAUAAAAAACGAGAGCAGACCAGCAUCGAGAAUCAGUAGACCACGCACGGCGUCUAGUCCGCGGAAGAGAGCCCCGCUGGCCGAACAAGAAACCGUAGACAGUCCUGUUCCAAUAAACAAGAAAAAUACUCAAACUAGCCCAAACGAGCAACCAAAUAGUAACGGAAUUAGGGAAACUGCUGCGGAGAACUUUAAAAACGACCCCUUUGCCGCCGAGGCCAUGAAUAUGAUGUGGUUUAGUCGAGGCGGGAAUGGACAAAAUCCCAAAUCGGAAUCUGCUGUCUAGUGACAGGAAAAAAUACAAGAGCACACUUUAAAAGUCAUUCGUUAGCCUUGAAGCACACGUGAUGUGACUUGUCAAAGCGCUCGUGACUACCCAGGGUGAGUCAAAGACUUCAAAUACCCCGGGGGGUGGGGACAAUUUUGAAGAGACAAAGGCUGGCUAUAAAGUUGGGAUGGAAGAGAAGACUUAUCUAAAACUUAUUAAUAGUCCAAGAAAUUUGACAUAACAAAAGACUAUAAUAUAGUUCAAUUGCUUAAAUAUCCUUAUAACAGGUGCCACAAGGCCUACAGACCAGCUUCGCACCCACCGGCCCUAAAAUUUUUCAGGGGCAAUAUUAACCACAGCAUGUAAGUCAAUAGAAAAGGAAUAUGUAUUUAAGCCGGUGCCUAUAUUUUUUAGAAUUUACCAAACAUAAACCGGCAGAUUUUCAAGAAAUUUAAAUUUAAUCUACUCUUCACAAGGAUAAUAAUAAUAAUAUUAAUAAUAUAUUAAGCCUAAUUAUCUUAAUCGUAUAGUUUUAAUCAAGCCAAUCUAUUAUUGCAAUGUUUAAAAUAACUGCCUAGAGUUAUGUUGUGGACCGUUGGGAGGCCACAAGAUGUUCAGUUAACCAGAACAUGUUUAUGCAUCUUAAAAAAAAA